AGUAAAUCUUUAAUUAAUGGACAUCGAUCGUCACAUCGCAUCAUUACUUUCAGGAGGAUGUCUUCCAGAAAGAGAUUUAAAGUUGAUUUGCGAAAGAGCAAAGGAAAUCUUCUUGGAGGAAUCAAAUGUGCAACCAGUGAAGGCCCCUGUCAAUGUUUGUGGUGAUAUUCAUGGUAUGCUAACUAAUGUUUAUUGUUUAGGUCAAUUUUACGAUUUGCAAGCAUUAAUUAAAGAAGGAGGAGACAUUCCAGAUCAUAAUUAUAUUUUUAUUGGUGAUUUUGUCGAUAGAGGGUAUAAUAGUGUAGAAACCAUGGAGUAUUUGCUUUGUUUGAAAGGUAUGAGUUCAGUUUUAUGAUCCAUAGUGAAAUACCCAGGAAAUAUCGUUCUAUUGAGAGGAAACCACGAGUCUAGAUAGUGCACUUAAGUUUAUGGAUUUUAUGAAGAGUUGUUGAGAAAAUACGGGAAUAGCAGUCCUUGGAGAUUGUUUAUGGAAGUUUUUGACUGCUUGCCCUUGGCUGCUUUAAUUGAAGGUUAGAUACUCUGUGUGCAUGGUGGAUUGUCUCCAGAUAUGAGGACAAUUGAUUAGAUCAGAACCAUUGAUAGGAAGGUAAUAGAAAUUCAAAAACGAUUUAGAUUGAAAUUCCUCAUGAAGGUCCAUUUUGUGAUUUGAUGUGGUCAGAUCCUGAGGAAGUAGAAUAUUGGGCUGUUAAUUCCAGAGGUGCUGGUUAUUUGUUUGGUGCAAAGGUGACUAAGGAGUUUUGCAGACUGAAUGAUUUGACUCUUAUAUGCAGAGCACAUCAAUUGGUUAUGGAAGGAUAUAAAUAUUGGUUCCCUGUAUGACUUUCUGAUUAAUUUUAGGAUCAAAAUUUGGUCACAGUGUGGUCAGCUCCCAAUUAUUGUUAUAGAUGUGGAAAUGUAGCAUCGAUUUUAUGCUUGGAUGAACAACUAUAACAAUCAUGGAAAACAUUCAAGGAGGUGCCAGAGAGUGCUAAAAGCAUUAAUCCAAAGAAUGUUCUUCCAUAUUUCUUAUGAAGUAUUUUUUUAAAUAUUGAUACAUUUUUUAUUGAUAAAUCUAU